AUGAGUAACACUGAAGACAUUGAGUUCUCGCUCAGGCCCCUAAGGAUCCUGAAGCGUCCGGAUCUGUCAAUACAUAGAACACAAUCCCAGCUGGGUCGCUCCGACGGCUCGCGAUCAAGACCCCAAUCCGACUCCCUGAUCCCAACCACCACCAAUACGAACUCGGCUCUGUUGCUGACUGACGACUUUGUUUGCAGACCCAUGAGACUAGGGCUGAACUCUAGGCCCAUUACCGAGCCGGAUCACAAUCAGGGCCUCUCCUUUGUCGCUCCUGAUUCCGUGGACUCCGAAUCCCAGCCCUCUACACCCAGAAGGAACAGUAAGUCGUCCAGGAGGCUGUCUGUGCAUGUGAGGAACCUUCCGAUCGUGCAAUCUCCAAGACGCAAAGCUGAAAGUGACUUGUCGAAACUAGACGAUAUGAUAUUUGCAUUGUGUCUUGUGGAUUUCCACCACGUUAGAGGCCCAGAGGUGCAGUGGUGGAAGCUGAACUACCACGCUGACUACAACUUGCAUGAAAAGCUUUUCAAGAACCUCUCGUUCCAGGCGCUCCCUGAUGGGUCGCAUUUGUUCGAAGAGACCUUUUCAAACUUUAAUCUUAUCUAUGAUUUUGAGAAGUCAGUCUCUUUAGACGACCAGCUAGACUUUGAGCAGUUCACGGGAAACCCAAACCACCUAGAGACGCUUUUUGGCUGUUCAUGCGUUCGUCAGGUCAAAACUGCGGAUCUUUCUUCCGAAGAGCUUGAGAGAAAUAAGGACAUUACUCGUUCCAUCGUGCAGAAGGCUGUUGUGGUCAUCACACGGAAACAGCCUAUAUUUACCAAGAUCAAAGAGAAACUCUCCAUCAUCACCCAUUCAUACUUUCAACAGACCAACUUCACUAAUACGGACCUUUUGGAGCAUCUUUUUGACAAUUUGAACAGCACUUUCAAGCUUGUCGAAGACGAACUGACGUUGAAACCACAGAUUCCCGAGGAUGUGGCUCUUUUGGAGAAUAAAAAGAACGAAAAGGAGGACGAGUUCUUCGUCAACCUCAACCUUCGCAAUAUUCUUCUCACCUACAAAUCCAGUUUGCUCAUUAUCCUCAAGGCUCUCUUGCUUGAAAAGCGAGUUCUCGUCUAUUCAAACAACAACUUAGAGCUUUUGACGCAAUUUCAAAAUAACCUCAUUGCAUUGAUACCAGAUCUUCAUCAUCAUCUCGACCUUUCUGGCUGUCCGUUGAGCGACUACACUGAGAAGCACUCGCCAUUGACUAGACCGACUUCUUUAAAGACUAAUGAUAGACUGUCAAUGGCGCGGUUUUUCGGUCUCCCAUUGCAAGUAUUUAACACCAAGGGAUGUUUUUGGAAUCCUUAUCUUCCUUUGCAACAAUUCGACGAGCUCAAUUCAUCCUCGUUCAUGGUGGGCUGUUCAAAUAUGUUGAUUCUCAACCAAGCUGCACACUACAAGAUUGACUUAGUUGUCAACUUAGACACAUGUCAGCUCUCUUAUCCUUGCGGAAAAAGCGAAGAACUUCUGCUUUCUCAUUACGACAAGAGGUUUAUUCAAGGACUCACGAACUCUAGCACUGAUGUGGAUGCGUUUGUUGGAAGCGACGAUUUCAUCAGAUAUCAAUUUGAAGACUACAUUCGCAGUCUUCUUUCGACAAUGAGGUUCCACCAGUAUAUGAACAAGUUCAAAUCGGCACCUCCAGGAUUCGACGUAACUGUGAACAGACAUUAUGGUAGCCUCAAGACAUUCAACGAAGCCUUUGUCGAGGCCUGGUUGAGCACAAAGAAUUACAAAAUUUGGGAUGCACUUUGUGACGAUUUUAUUUUCAACUUUCACGACCCACUUCAUAUGGCCAUCAACUCCAAAGAGUCCUCUCAAUCGGGCAUUGGUAACUUCUUCGCUAGUUUCAAUAAGCAGACGGCACCUUCUCUUACCGAGAAAGCGAAUGAGUAUUUUUCGAACUCAAGGAAACCACAAAAAUUCAUUCCCGAUGAGGAGGAGGCAGGUGAAGAAAAAUCUGCUAAGCAAUCUACACCAAAGAAGUUUCCAUGGAGCUGGGGAGCUAAAAGCUGA